GUUGCAUCAGCCGUACCGGUUAGAUGUGCGUAGUUACGCUUAGAUAUUUUUGGACAAUCUUCGGUGUUUUUACACCGAUUUCUUCAGUUUAUCAGUAUUUUUAACGAACGUACAACUCCGUGGCUUGUACCCAAACCACGGUUUAGAACCUGUGUCACGAUUCCUAAAGACUUAGAAUGGCGUAUGGACUAGCUUGAAACGGUCCUUUGAGCCAUAUAUGCACCAAACCAAACCAAGAAAGAGCGAAUCGCAGUUUAGUUCCAAACUAAUCCCGUCUGUGAACCUAGAUGGCGCAGAAAUACAGUUUUCACGUUUUUGUAUGGGAGUUUCCAUACCCUGUGCAAACGCGCUGCGUGCCACAGUGCAACGCCAUUUUCUGCGCUCGCGGUUGAAGUUGGUUCGCGUUUGUGCGUUCGUGCGAACGGUCAGUCAUCGCGACGUCGACCGACGUUGCUCAUACGUUGAUCGUCGUUUUGUCUUCCUGACGAAGACGCCAUUGUCUUCUCUUUGUCCCGCUUGUCCUGCUCUCCGUCCGGGAUAUGCGUGGACACGCGGUGGACAGCCGUGCGACGGAUAUGAUGGUAUCGAAAACGCGGUGAGUGAGUUAUCGCUAGGAGGAGUAAGGAGAAACGAACAGGCAAGUCGAAGAUGCCGCUUCCGAAGCGACUGGUGGAGCCCGUGCACGUAGCACGCGGCACCAUCCCCGAGGACUUCCCGUUGCCAUCUGAGCUCGAGGCAGCCACCAACGGCACUUUGGCCAACACUAUCCGACAACUGUCCAGUUUGUCGAGACACGCCGAGGAUCUGUUCGGCGAGCUGGCGCGAGAGGCUCACGGACUGAGCGAUCGAGCAAACUCUCUGCAAGCUAGAAUAGAUCGUUUGGCCGUCAAGGUCACUCAGCUGGAUAGUAACGUCGAAGAAGUUUCGCUGCAAGACAUACAUAUGAGGAAAGCUUUCAAAAGUUCUGUAGUAUUUGACCAGCAAGUUGUCUCUAGGGACACUAUGCCGACAGCGAUGCUGGAAACGUAUCAUCAAUGCGAUACGCCACCGCCUCUGGACAAGCUUAAUAUUUAUAGGGAGGAUGGCAAGGACGGUUUAAAGUUUUACACCGACCCGAAUUAUUUCUUCGAUUUGUGGAGUCAGGAGAUGCUCAAAGACACGGAAAAGAAGCUGCAUGAUCGAGGAAAGAAGAGCGAGUCUGAAUAUGCCGAACCGUUCAGAGAGCCACAUAGGCCUCGGAAUGAGGGUGGCGGUGGAGGUGGCGGUAGACAUAAAAAGCGUGUGAGGCAGCCACACAACACCAGGGAACGACAACGGCAAUUGGCCGUAGGUCAUGGAGAGUAUAUCAUGCCGACGCAAUCGGUGCAGUACAGGCCGCAGCAUAACGUGCAAUCCGAUGAUUCUCUGUUGGGAAUGGUGAUGACGGAACCAAAACCGCCAAGACCCAAUAGCAUCGAGUUGCGACGAAGUUAUCCUCCGGAAGAACAACAUUUGUACAGCCCGCCGUCUUCCGAUUACAGGGCAAAUUACGUGACUCAGGGCUAUGAUGAAAACUCGUAUGGCUCGCAUUACGCUCCGGGUCAGGUACCGACCAACAGCGAAACGUAUCAGAGUCCCGGUGGUCAGAGCACUCCGAGUAGGGGCGGCAGAUCGCGGCCGUCGCAACCUCCACCGGCGCCACCGAGUAACGCUUCCAGCAAUUCUACGCCCACGGUGGCCUCUGCUAAUAAUACACCUACCAGAGGUAGAUCCAUGAGUACUGGCAGGGAUACUCUACCUCCGCCACCUCCUCCACCAGGGGAAACUAUGUCUCCUCCUUCCAUGAACGGUUCUAUACCGGCACAUUUACUGAAUAGGAACGGUAGUCGAUCAGACAGUCCUUUACCGAGUCAGCGAUCAACACCUACGCCGCCAAAUCACGCAGGCGCUGACGAGACUGAUCCGGUGGCGCCCCAAGAUCUCCCGCCACCUCCACCUACCCCAGAUCCCACUCCUCCAAGACCCAUUUCACCACCGUGCAACAUACCACCGCCUCCACCACCGCCACCUCCUCCGCCAGUUGCUAACGGGCCCACGGCGCCAUUGCCACUGACAAAUGGCGAUAUCGCAAAAAUGAUUGCGACCAAUCCGCCAAAGUUGAAGCCCAUAAAGAGUAUUGUGGACGGUCAGCUGAGGAAGCCCGUCAACCCAAAUAUACCAUUGGUUGAUCCGCGAAAUGACUUGCUCAAAGCGAUCCGCGACGGGAUAAAGCUGCGCAAGGUGGAGAAAAUCGAGCAGAAGGAAGUAGAGCGCGUGAAUGCUCUUAACGACGUCGCAUCUAUCUUGGCGCGUCGCGUCGCUGUCGAGUUUAGCGAUAGCGACUCAGCAUCGGAGAGCGAAUGCGACAGCGAGGGAUGGGGUGAACAAGAAAGCAAUCUGGCGUGACCCAACUCUUUGACAUCUACCGCCGCUACCUAGAAAAAAAUGGCUGAUUCGUAUUAACGCUUGGACGCCAUUCUAACGUUUUUCACAGCGCUAACAGUGAGCUGAUCUGUUUUAUGUUCAUUUCAUGUACAUGACACAUAUCUCAUUUUUGAAAAUUUGUAAAACGCUCGCAUGUUGUAUAUUAGGCCGUAUAAUUUCCAAGCCUACGCAAGAAGCCAAGCAAAUUUUAAAUUAUCAAAAAUACGAUCGUAUACUAUCUUCUCAACGAGGAUAAUUUGUUACGAAAGAUAUGUGUGUCGCAAGAUAAAGAAUGUUCUGGAUUUUAAGUUAUUAAAUUAUUAUUAUUGCUCACACGUUGAGUUAGCAAAAACAGUAAGAGAUAUUUCUCUAUAUUUCUUCUUUUUGUGUUGUUAUUAAUAUGAAAUUCAAGAGACAUCAAGAUGCUUGUAAUAGACUUUGUCACUAGGUUACGAAUAUUUAUGAAAACACUCAUUUUUUUAAUAAACAAAAACUAAUAUUUACUUUAAAAAAGAAUUUAAAAAAAUUAAAAACAAAGUCUUUGCUUCUCGACGAUUUCAUAGAUGUUCUGAUCAUGACGUCGUCUACUUAGAUUUUCUUUAAAUUAACUCGCAAUAUUGAAGUCGGCUGAUCAACUAAUCAGUCGACAAAGCAAUAGUCCCACUUAGUUUAAUCACUCCCUCUUUAACACUUCAAGAACGUACACUGGUUAAAUUGCGAACAUAACUUUUGCUACGACAGAUUGCGAUUUAAACACUGUUUGCAGCAAACGAGAAUUUUGUAGCUUGCAAAGGUACGCAGUGCAAAGUUCGUACAGUUACUACUAUACUUCAUAAUGUUUUUAAUCUAGGUUAUAAAUCCUGGAUCGGCAAGCAAACUCGUAGACAAAGAAGCUGACAAGUUGAACGCCAUUUAAAAAAUUUCAAAUUAAAAUUUUAUGUAUACAUUUUAUAUUGCUAACCGAAUAAUUAUGAAUUAUAAAUGUUUACGAAAUGUCAGAUCCAAAAAACAGUUUUCGACUUGGUUUGUUGUAAAAAAUAUAAUUUUAUUGAUUAUUUAUUAUUUACACAGUUUAGAAACAUACUAUAUAAUAUUU